UUUGCUUAUUAAUUUAUUUCUUAACUCACAUUUACGUAGCGAAAAUGCAGGAAAUAUAUUCUCGAUGCGAAUGCCUCCUUUGGGAUUUUUUGCUUUUAUCAAUCCACGCAUUCACUUUUCUUCAGUUUGUCCACUGUGAUAUCCAAGCCACAAUUAUUAUUAUUUCUACAACAGCACCUAUUAUCUACUCAAAUACAGCAAAGCAGCAGCAGCAUCAACUAGAUAAAACAUAAAAAAAUAUAAAGAUGUAAAGUGACAUUCAAAAUAUUGUAUUUGUGGUUUCAUCGUUGUUUAUCCA